CAAUGAUCAGAUAUGCUUCUCGUUUAGUGAGAUAAUUCUCUUCUAAAAUAGUAGAAAAUUAAUAUUAAUAUAGGAUGAAAUUCUUGAAAUUGGAGAAAUAGCAAAAACAAAAGGAAUUUUAACAAUAUGUCCAACUCCGAUUGGAAAUUUGAAAGACUGGAGUUCAAGAUAGAAUUUAACAAUAUUUGGAGUAGAUGUAAUAGCUUGUUAAGAUAUAAAUUAAACUGGAUUCUUUAUAAAGAGUAUUAGGAAUUAAGAAGGAGAUACUUAACAAUAGGUUGUUCCAUUUGAUUUUUAGGAAUGUGAUUUAGAUGAAGAUGAUAUUCAAAUAUAAGAAAUAAUAUUUAAAUCAACUAAUGAAUUGAAAGAGUAUUAAAGUUAAUAGUAUUUAGAAAAUUACCAGAAUUAAACAAGGAGUUUAUAACAUCUACAGAUUUUAAGUUUUAUAAGUAGAAGAAAUUAGAAGAAUUAAAAGAGUAAUAAGUUUAGGGAUCAAAAUUAUAAAAAGAAUUGCAAGAAGAUGAUGAAAUUAAUCCAUUUGAAUUUGAAGUAUAUGGAUUGAGUGCACCAUUAAUGAUGUAUUUAAGAAAUAAAGUAGCCUAAGCUAAGAAGAAGAAAGGCAGAGGAUUAAUAAUAGGUUGUAGUAACUUUAAUGAUGAAAAAAAAGUAGAAAGAUUAAUAGCAAUGAUGAAGAUGGGUUUAAAUGUAGCAUUAGUUUGUGAUAGUGGAACUCCAGGAGUGUCAGAUAAUGGAUAUAAGUUUGUGACUAAAUGCAUAGAUAGAAAUAUUUAAAUUGAAGUAUUACCAGGAGCAAGUGCAAUUUCUGUAGGAUUAAGUGCUUGUGGAUUUCCUGCAGAUAAUUUUACUUUUUUGGGUGUUUAUUCGAUUUAGGAUAAAAAUAAAGAUGUAUUAUCUUUGUAUAAGAAACAACCAUAAACAAUAGUUUUAUUUGAGUCUCCUAAUAGAAUUCAUUAAACCUUAUUGAGAAUAGAGGAGAUAUUUGGCGAAAAUCAAUAAAUAUGGAUUGGAUUUGAAUUAACAAAGUAAAAUGAAAAAAAGAUUAGAGGGAAAUGCAGAGAGGUUUAUGAAUAAUUAACAGAUCCUAAAGUGGUUACAGCUUCUUAAUUAAAGGGAGAAAUAACAAUAAUUAUUAGUCCUUAUACUGCUUAGUAUAAUGAAGAGUUAAGAGCUUAAUAAAUAUUGUAAGAAUAGAAAAAGAGUGAUAAAAAAGAGUCAAAUAAUGAGGAAUAAUAGAAAAUGGUAAAGAGAGUGGAAUGUUUACAUGUAGCAAGAGUAUUUGGAGACAAGAUUAAGGAUAAUGAUAAUGAUUUAAAUGAAAUUUUAUAGAAGGCAUUAAAUAUAUCAAAAUAGAGAGCAAGUUAAUUAGUUUAAUAGAUAAGAGAAUCAUAAAAGAAUGAAGAGGAUGUAAACAAAAUAAGGGAGAGUUUGGGAAUUGAAAAUAGAUUUAAGAAAUGAUAAUAGAAUGUUAUGAUUUGUAGAUUAGUAUUAUAAGUUAGAAAUAAAA